UAUCUUCUUCUGUUCGUUUAUUCACCAGAAUGAAUUACGGUGCUGGGUUAGCAUUGCCUCAUUCUGGUAAUGGAAAUGGUUUUGUGUUUCCUGUAAAUAAUAUCAAAGACGGUUUGCUUGCUGGUAGUGCUGAGCCUCCUGACCCCGAGGCCGACUAUGUCGAGAAGGACCCCGGAGCCCGCUACUUUCGGUACAGUGAAGUCUUGGGCAAGGGUGCAUUCAAGACUGUCUACAAGGCAUUUGACCAACUUGAUGGGGUUGAAGUUGCCUGGAACCGGGUGAAGAUUGAUGAUGUGUUGCGGUCACCAGAAGAUUUGGAAAAAUUGUAUUCUGAAGUUCAUCUUCUUAGACAGAUGAAACAUGAAAAUAUCAUCAAGUUCCAUGAUUCAUGGAUUGAUGAUAAGAAGAAGACUGUUAACAUGAUCACUGAGCUCUUCACAUCUGGGAGUCUGAGGCAAUAUCGCAAGAAGCAUAGAAGUGUUGAUAUGAAGGCAAUAAAGAACUGGGCAAGACAGAUUCUCCGAGGUCUAGACUAUCUUCAUAGUCAAAACCCACCUGUUGUUCACAGGGACUUGAAAUGUGACAAUAUUUUUGUCAAUGGAAAUCAUGGACAAGUUAAAAUUGGAGACCUUGGAUUGGCAACUGUUAUGCAGCAGCCUACUGCUAAGAGUGUUAUUGGGACCCCCGAAUUCAUGGCUCCGGAGCUUUAUGAAGAGGAAUACAAUGAACUAGUUGAUAUAUAUUCCUUUGGGAUGUGCAUGCUGGAAAUGGUUACGUUGGAGUAUCCUUAUAGUGAGUGCAAGAAUCCUGCUCAAAUUUAUAAGAAAGUUACCUCUGGCGUUAAACCUGCUUCCCUUGGCAAGGUGAGCGAUCCCAAAGUCAAGGAAUUCAUUGAGAAAUGUCUGGUUCCAGCAUCUGAAAGAUUAGCUGCCAAGGACCUUCUUAAAGAUCCAUUUCUUCAAUCUGACAAUUUGAAGGAGCCCAUUCGCGAUUCCCUUCAGUUACCUAAACAACUUCCUAGAUCAUUAAGUUUGUUGAACAGUGGGCCUCUUUCCAUGGAUAUAGAUCCUGAGUACAACCACUCCGUCUGCACAGAUUCCAUAUGCGGAAGCCCGAAUUCUCCAGCUCUGGAAUUUCAGAGGAUGCAUCAUAAUAAUGAAUUUAGGUUGAGGGGGAGAAAAAAUGAUGACAACUCAAUAUCACUGACCUUGCGCAUUGCUGACCCUUCUGGCCGAGUAAGGAAUAUACACUUCCUCUUCUACCUUGAUACUGACACAGCACUGUUGGUUGCUGGUGAGAUGGUUGAACAGCUGGAGUUGGCAGAUCAUGACGUAGCUUUUAUUGCUGAGUUUAUUGAUUACUUAAUAAAGAGGAUUCUCCCUGGUUGGAAACCUUCAUCUGAUUAUCACUCCAGUGGAGGGAUAAGUACAUAUGAAGGGCCUCCUGCAAAUGACUUAUCCUCAAUGGCGAAUCAGUGGGAUAUAGUCCUAAACAGUGGUCCUACCAAGUCAUUGGUUGAGCAAGAUCUCUGUGAAUUUAAUCCAUGUCCUGGAGAAGUUUGUCUGCAAUCUGAUGAAAGUUACUUGUUUGUGAAUUCUGAUUGUGUCUCUCCUCAUGGUGCAUUGAAUACUCCUCCAAGUUUGGCAAACUCAGAAGAUAAAGAGUCACAAUCAUCAGUUGCUUCUGAAUUAAUGGGUGAAGAUGCUUCUACGAGGAAUGAGACAAUGGCUGGAUGUGUUGAACAUGGUACUGAUGGAGUAUCAAAAGGUUCUAGUGGACAUAUCUCUGAGGUGGAGUUCAAUGAUUUCUGUUAUGAGGAGUACAAAAUGCAGGGAGAUAAUAGCGGUGGUGUAGAAUGCAUAUCAGUGAACAAAUUUGCAAAGAACUCAGAAUUUCCUCCUGCAAAUUUGAAAGGAGCAUCUAAAGUUAUGAGCUUGACAAGCAGCUGUUCAUCUUUGUCCUUAUCAGAGAAAGAUCAGUACAUGGACCUAAAAUUGGAGCUCAAUGCUAUUGAAGCACAGUAUCAACAAUGGUUUCAAGAACUCUCAAGAAUGAGGGAAGAAGCCAUGGAGGCCACUAGGAAGAGAUGGAUGACGAAAAAGAAGCUGGUUGUUCAUUAAAUAAGAGCUGUUGAACAUUUCAUUUUUAGGUCCCAAAUUUUUUCUAUGCUGUUCCAAAUUUCCAUAUAGAUUUUAAUUUAUCACUUGAAUUUCUAUCGUAUUCAUAUAUUAUUUGAAUGUGUAUUGGAUGCGGCUUGCUUCUGCAGAAGUAAGGAUCUCUUCAAUGAUCUAUUCGGACUCCAUUCUU